AUGCUGCCGACCAACGGAAACCAACCACAGGAAAAUGCUCAGGAAUUCACUCAAAACCAAAUUUGUUCUGUUGAAGCGUCUCAACACAUCACUCAAUACCUUAAGUUUACACUUUCUGGUCAAUUACUUACUGAAGAGCAGAAACAAAAAGUCGAGGAAAUCUUCCACAUGCCGACACUAUCCGUGAUUCAAUACAAACAGAUUGAGGAAAUUAUAGCGAGACAAGGACAACUCAUGGCGACGUAUGCAACAGAAGCGACAGGAACGACAAUCUUCUCAAAUGUGCCGACAGCACCCUACGGAUUGAAUAGAGCACCUCUUUUCGAUAAUCAUGCACAAUUUCUGCAAUCCGGUUCUCAAGAACCAGAAACUUCCGGAUGGCAUUCACAAGAACAUGUUUCGAAACCACUUCAACACACAGAAUUGAUGCCGUCCAAUCCAGAACAAACUCACAUGCAAUUACUGUUGCAGCAGUGCAAUUACUAUUGUAAUGUUCAAGAAACUCGAUCGAAGCCAGAAGACUUCUUUUCAUCAACAGCACAUUUUGAAGUCGACCACAGAUCUACCGAUGUUGAUUCGUUGGCUCAGAAAGAAGACGUCAAUACACACGCCUACUAUUCAUUCUUCCCACCAAGCACUCCUAAUCGCAUGAAUCCGCACAGAAUCUUCGAUGAAAAUCACAUAAGGACACCAACGAGUGCUUUAAAACGAACGCGGAUAGAAGAUGACACGGAAAUUCCGAAAAAAGUCGCGAGAGCGUUGCACGAUGCGACAAUUCCUAUGAGGCUAAGAAUUCGGGAACUUUCAGAUGGAGAGGACGUUUCUGGACUAGAGGAAAACGAUAAUUAUUUGGUCACUCUUCCAGAAGAUGAUGAUACGGGAGAUUCCAAUCACUUUUGUUCUUGGACACCCGAAGACUGCACUUGUGGAGAUUCUAUGCCAUGGCUACAGUCCCAGAACUAUGAUGCAUCCGGUUUUUCUCUCUACGAUGUCUAA